AUGAGCAUGACCGAUCCCUCAGAAGUUCGAGCAUCUCCAGCUUGGGAGGGUUACUGGUCUGGAGGGAUCAGCAAGGGUGACCAGUGGGAUACUGGGGUUGUUUCCCCGGCUCUCCAAAAGCUUCUUGACGAAGGCGUGCUCCCGACGGGACGUGCUCUUGUGCCUGGUUGCGGCCGUGGGUACGAUUCCAUCGCCUUUGGUAAGAGUAGCUACGACUCGAUCGGUCUCGACCUGUCGCCGACCGGAGUGGAACAAGCGAAGGCUCUGCUAGCGGAGGAGAAGGAAGAGGACAUAAGCGGAAAGGCGAGGCAGGAGCUGGGCAAACCCCUAAGUGUAGUUGAGUUCCGGUCGGGGGAUUUCUUCAAGUUCUCUCCCGAGCAGGAGGGGAAGUUCGACGUUAUCUUGGACUACACGUUCCUCUGUGCGCUUGACCCGGCUGCCCGGGACGACUGGGCCGACCACAUGGUAUCGCUGCUACGCCCUGAGGGGGAGCUCGUGACCAUCAUAUUUCCGAUCGUGGAAAAGGAGGGCGGGCCACCGUUUGCCGUGAGCGAGUCGAUCGUGUCGGACCUCCUCGAGCCUCGAGGACUUAAGGCGAUACACCUCGAAAAGCUCGAGCCUAGCCUUUGCCACAAGACGAGGGAGGGGAAGACCGCUCUUGGGCGCUGGCGUUUCUCCGGAUCAAAGUAG